AUGGUUUAUGUAGUGCCUCUUACCCAUCACUUCCCAAGUGACAUAAAACCUUUUAUUGCUGUCGACGAAGAGCAUGUGCUCCGCGUUUCAACUUUCGGCGCUGGUGUUGGUCGCUUAAUGGCCCGAGUUUUCCAGUGGCCUUCUGGCGAGCCUAAUGGCGAGGUCGACCGAUUGGAUCCCAGAAAUAUCUCGCUAUUAUCGGACGGAUCUGGGCCUAUCGAGUUGCCUGUUGAGAUAGACUCAGACGACGUUGAUCAAGGAAAUACUGUGAACAUCUAUUUCACACCAACUAUGCUCGGUCAUGUAGAAGUUGAGCUCCGCUAUGGUGGCAUUCUGAUUCCGAAUGGGAAAUUUAGUCAAGCGGACCGCUACUUUUUAUUCUUUACUUCUUCAUUUCCGAUUCUCUAA